ACGUUGCUGCAAAGACAAAGUUUGGCAAAGCGGUGAGCCCUCAGAUCGCUAUCCUCAGCGUUCCUGAUCCGAGCACUCUACCCCCUUGUUCUAUUGGCAAAAUGAAUUUUCCACCAUCCACUGGGGUGUCGACUACAGAUAUGGCUUCAAUUGGUAGUAGAAGUGCUUCUACUUCUAGUCUAACAGUAAGUUGUAAUAUUUUUGACUAUAAUUUAUCAUCGUCCUAUCCCAGGAUCUUGUUCUUGAAUACAACAGGAGACACCAGGAGUAGAAGAAAGUUUGAUUUUUUUCUUCCAUCGAUCAAUGCAGCUUCCUCUUCUAAUAUCCCAUCCCCAGUAGCAGGAAUAGCCAACAUUUCUGCGACACCAGCAACAGGAGGGCAACAAGGCCAACAGCAAGUGGCAGGAGUCAAC